AUGGAUGGUACGGUAUGGCACGUUGCGGGUAACUGGAUAAAUGUGGAUGGAGCAGGGGUUCUUCGAUAUGCAGUCGUGACAGACGGACGACUCGAGACAAAGAAAUGGCCAAGAACCCCGUGGAGCAAUCUGCCUAUUCAAGGCGUGGGCGGGCCGAGUAUGACCCAGGGAGAUAGAUGGGCAGUACCCGGCAGUAGUGGUCACUCUUGGUGGAUUCUGGGAACGUCCAACGAGACAAGGGACACCUGA